AUGCGUGGGCUGGGUCCCUGGUCCUCACGGCCUGCGCACCCCAAGGGAACUCGGGGUGCACAGGGGGGCCGGAGGAGCCACAGGCGGGAGCCACGCUGGCCACGACCACGGCGGGCACGUCCCCCAGCGCAGAGGGACUUCAGGGGCCGCCACGCGUUCCGUGUCCUCUGGGUCAAGACGGGGCGCUCAGGCGGGCACCCCACACUCCCUGCGCCCAGGGAGGCACAGAAUCGCUUUGGGGAGCUCGGGGGACGCCUGCGUGUCCUUCGGGGUGCCGCGUCCUCCGAGACGCCCCGGCAAAGCCCGUCUGUGCGUGACGCCAGCUUCUGCCUGCUGACGGAAAGCGGCUUCCUGGACGGACCACGCGACGGGCGCCCAGACACACGGACACACGCAGGACCCUCGGCGGGGACGGGCUAUCAGCGUCCUGUCUGUCUGUCUGUCAGUCUGUCGGUGUGUCUGUCUGUGUGUCUGUCUGUCCAUUUGAUGGUCUGUUGGUCUGUCAAUCUGUCAAUCUGUCUGUGGUCUGUCUGUCCAUUUGUCUGUCUGUUGGUCUGUCCAUCUGUCAAUCUGUCCAUCUGUCUGUUGGUCAGUCUGUGUGUCUGUCUGCCGGUCGGUCUGCUUGUUGGCCUGUUGGUCUGUCUGUCUGUGUGUCUGAGGGUCGGUCUGUCUGUCUAUUGGUCUGUCUGUCGGUCUGUCUGUUGGUCUGUCUGUCAGUUUGUCUGUUGGUCUGUCUGCCUGUUGGUCUGUCUGUCUGCUUGUCAGUCUGUCAGUCAGUCUGUCGGUCUGUCUUUCUGUCUGUUGGUCUGUCUGACUGUUGAUCUGUUGGUCUGUCUGUCUGCCUGUCAGUCUGUCUGUCUCUCUGUCAGUGUGUCAGUCUGUCUAUCAGUGUGUCUGUCUGUAUCUCGUGUCUUGUCUCCUCCAUUACUGGCCUGUCGGUCUGUCUAUCAGUCUGUGUACCUGUCUGUCUGUCUGUCUGCCUGCCUGUCAUCGUGUCUGUCUGUCUGUCUGUCUCCUGUCUUCUCCCUCCAUUACUGAUGAUUUACUGAUAUAUUCCCGUAUUGCUUCAUGUGUCGAUGGCC